AUUGGGCAGGGUGUAAAAACAGGAUUUUGAAAUAUAACAUCGAAACCCCCGCGCCCAGCCCUUUUUCCAUUCUCAACUACACACUGCCAUGGAAGAAGAAGAGGCUGCGAAACAGCAGCAGCUCCUCAACAUGGGCUUUUCUCAAGACCUAGUUUCUCAGGCCCUUGAAGCCACCGCCGGUGAUUCCACUCUCAAAGCCACCGAAUGGAUUCUCUCCCACUCUCAAAACCCAUCUUCCCCUCCUCCUUUAUCUUCUCCUUUUCAACCCAAAAUCAACCAUUUCUUCGCCAAACCAACUCCAACCCCCCCUCUAAAAACCCAAUCAAAAAAUACCCAUUUGCGAGAAGAAGAAAAUAUUAUGGCCCCCCAAAAGCGAUUAAAAGUUCAUCCACUGAGGCAGCCGCAAAAAAAACAUAAUCAUAAACCUCCUUUGUAUGAAAGAAUGAGACCUCGUACUAUUAAUGAGGUUGUCGGACAAGACCAUCUUCUUGCAAAUAAUUCUCUGCUUAGAUCUGCAAUGCAAUGUAAGUUGAUUCCUUCUUUUGUGUUGUGGGGCCCACCUGGGACUGGUAAGACUUCUAUUGCUAGAGCUAUUCUUGAUUCUGGUAGUAGUGGGUGUGAUUUGAUGUAUAGGUUUGUGUCUUUAUCUGCUGUGACUGCUGGGGUUAAGGAUAUUAGGGAUGUUGUCGAAGAAUCGAAAAAGUUGAAAUUAAAGAGUAAUAAGAGGACUAUUUUGUUUGUUGAUGAGGUUCAUAGGUUUAAUAAGUCUCAGCAAGAUUCUUUUUUGCCUGUUAUUGAAGAUGGUAGUGUUGUGUUUGUGGGUGCUACUACGGAGAAUCCCUCUUUUCAUUUGAUUACUCCGUUGUUGUCGAGGUGUAGGGUUUUGAAUCUUAGUCCUUUGCAGCCUCAGCAUGUUUGUAUGCUGAUUAGACGAGCUGCCGAUGAUUUGGAGCGUGGGGUUGUGCAGAGUUUGUCAAAUGUGGGUUGUGGGGUUAUAAGGAUUGAGUUGAGUGAUGAGGUGGUUGAGUUUUUGGGUUCGAAUUGUGAUGGGGAUGCAAGGGUUGCACUUAAUGCUUUGGAGAAUGCAGCUGUUACGGCUGCCGCACGAGUUGGGGAUUCAGGAGGUUCAGAAGAAAAUGACAUUACUCGUUCAGUUGUGCUUAUGGUGACUCUUGAUGAUGCAAAAGAGGCGUUGCAGUGCAAGCAUCUUGCUUAUGACAGAGCGGGCGAUGAGCAUUAUAAUUUAAUCAGUGCACUCCAUAAAUCUAUGAGAGGAAGUGAUGCUAAUGCUGCAAUUUAUUGGCUUGCUAGGAUGCUGGAGGGUGGUGAGGAGCCUCUUUAUAUUGCGCGUCGAUUAGUUAGAUUUGCUAGUGAGGAUGUUGGACUGGCUGACCCAUCUGCAAUAACCCAGGCCAUUGCAUGCUAUCAGGCUUGCCAUUUUCUUGGUAUGCCUGAGUGCGAUGUGAAUCUUUCCCAGUGUGUUGCAUAUUUGGCAUUGGCUCCAAAAUCAAUUGCUGUUUAUAGAGCACUAGGGGCUGCCAGGAAAGUUAUAAAGGAAUCAGUUGGACAUAAUGAGGGAGUGCCUCUCCACUUGAGGAAUGCACCAACAAAAUUAAUGAAAGAUUUUGGUUAUGGAAAGGACUAUAUAUAUCCACCGGAUAAUCCUUCAUCGACACAGACUUAUCUUCCACCUUCCCUUCAUGGUUAUAAGUUCCUGCAUUGGCCUGAUACUGCUGGUGCUUUAGAUGCUAACAGACGGACUGAUAGAUGCUGAUGAAUAACUCCCUACUGUCCCUCACUCUUUUUUUGGCAGAUAGUAAUCUAUACUGGUUAGAACUUCCUUUAUGCCCCAUCCUUUUCAUUACAUUAUGAAGUUUGGUUGUAUUAGUAUAUAUAUCUCUAGUAUGAGAAAUCACCUAAAACUCAUUUUCAAGCAGUAUGGAUUUAUGAAAAAGGUAUAUAUAUUACGGAUUAAUAGUAUAGAAAGGACAAACAAAAAGGUCAUGCUAACAACAAUUAUAUAAAAUUUAAGAUGUACAUACUGCAUCAGUGCUAUCUAUUAAGAUAAUAUUAAAUCGUAAUGACUGCUAUUAUAUAAAAUUAGACAAUAGGUUUACAAUUUCAACUUUAUUGUAAUAAAAAUAAGAAAGUAAUAUUUCACAUCCUCAAAUAGUGAGAGGCUUUUAAUUGACUGGUCAAGGG